AUGAUUACACAAAGUUACCAAUGGACAUGGCCAACUGUGAAUUGUGAUCAAUCAAUGAUAUCUGGACAUCAAAUAACAUCAACUUUCUUUGGCAGUGGUGGAACGGGUGGCUAUUUGGUUUGUUCAACCAGCUCUUGUGGUAACUAUUCGUCGUUAUCCAUUCAAGAGUAUUGUACAGAUUAUAGUGCUACUCUUAAAUCAAUGUCAGGCUCAGUUUCUUCUAUUGAAUCAUUGACGGCUGAUUCUCAAUUCUGUGUUACAUUUUCAUCGAGUGCAUGGAUUGCUGUUCAAUCAACAAAUUGUGGUUCGAGUGGUAAACGACGAAAACGGGCUUUGUGUGGUAUACCUUUUCAUCCUGCAUGUACUACUACAACACAUCACACGACAACAUAUCACACGACUACACGGCGAUCAACAGUUGCUGCAACAACCGUUCCUAGUUGUACAAGUACAGAUGCCUCAUGGACUGUUACAGCUUGUAUUGAUCUGACACUGAGACCAGAUGGGUACAUAAAUACACCGCCUGUCGCAACAAUAAUAUCACGUUAG